AUGGGUUCGGUUUCACAGUCCAAAAGACUGUUGAACUAUCCAGAGCCCUUGAGAGGUCCGGAUGUUCCAUAUGUCGUGGAGAGAAAGUCCAAUCCGCCCAUUCGCGGCUGGUUCAUUUGCGCCGCUGCCUUGAUCUUGGAAUAUCUUCGUUUUGUCAGGGAGAUAAUAUGGCACAACGCCGGCUUCGGCGACCUACGCAAGAUUCGCCCUUAUAUCGAGGAUUAUGAGCCAUGGUUUGAACCUCAAAUCGUGCCCUAUCCGGAUUCCGAGCCUACCGACGAAGCCAAGGAUGAUAUUCAGGAUGAUGAAAUCCCCGAGACCGAGGCCGCCAAGCGAGACGAUAUCCAGCACAAGUAUCCCCAGGCAAAGUACUAUUCAGUGGACGAAUACCGGAAACUCUACCUCUCAGGCGCACUCACGCCCUUGGACGUUGCUCAAGCUCUGCUGCCUCUGAUCCGCCGCGACGUUGAGAACCCUACCGAGUACUCGUCAGCAUGGUUCGACAGCAAGGUUGAGAAAGUUCUGGCUGCGGCAAGGGCUUCUACGCAGCGGUACAAGGAAGGACGCUCCCUCGGACCCCUGGACGGCGUUCCCACCGGAGUCAAGGACGAGUACGACAUCGACGGCUACGAAACCAACCUCGGUUCGAAGAACAUCUACACGGGAACUAUCCACGAGGAAGAUUCCAUCACCACCUGGUGUGUGCGCAAGCUGCAAGAGUCUGGCGCCAUUAUCCUCGGCAAGCUCUCCAUGCACGAGUUCGGUCUCGACACCACCGGCAACAACCCUAUCCACGGCACUCCCAGGAACCCUCACAACCCCAACUACUACACAGGCGGCAGCUCCUCUGGAACUGGCUACGCUGUAAGCGCCGGCCUCAUCCCCAUCGGUCUCGGCAGCGACGGUGGCGGCAGCAUUCGCAUUCCCUCCAGUCUCUGCGGCGUCUUCGGUCUCAAGCCCACGCAUGGCCGUCUCUCUUUCAAGCCCGGCCAAAACCAUUGCCUGACCUGCGCCUGCCUCGGUCCCAUUGCCGCGGACAUCAAGUCCCUAGCCACCGUCUUCCAAGUCAUCUGCAAGCCUCAUCCAUCCUCGCCUUUCCCACCUUUGAAGCGCCUCAGCUUGACCACCCCUCCCAAUGGCGGUAAUCCCAAGGUCCUCGGUGUCCCCUCCGCCUGGUUCGCCCGCGCCACGCCCGCCAUCCAAACCCUCUGCAACACCAUGAUCAGGCGUCUGUGCUCCGACCAUGGCUAUACAGCCGUGGAAAUCGAUAUCCCGUUCCUUCCCGAAGGCCAAAUCGCGCACGCCAUCACCGUCCUCACUGACGCCGCCACCCUCCUCCCGGAAACCAGCAACUUGACCUACGGCAACCGCAUUCUCAUCGCUCUCGGCACCGUCACCCCGGCCUCCGAUUACAUGCUCGCCAUGAAGCUGCGCCGCGUGCUGAUGCAGCACCUCUCCUGGCUCUGGCAGCAGUACCCGGGCAUGCUAAUCGUCACUCCCACCACCAGCUGCGAGGGCCUGCCGAUCAAGACCAAGAGCGAGCUAAAGUGGGGUGUCAAUGAUGGAGACAGAACGCUGCAGAGCAUGGAGUACGUGUGGUUGGCGAAUUUCUGUGGCCUUCCCAGCAUUUCGGUCCCGGCUGGGUUUGUUAGCCCCGAGUCAGGGUUGGUGAACGAUAUGGAUGUUCAGGGACGCGGGGAGGUUCCGGUCGGAUUGAUGGCUAUGGGCGAGUGGUGUGCCGAGGAGCAGUUGUUGCAGUUUGGUGCGGUUUGUGAAGAGGCGGGCGCUGAUAGGAGGAGGCGGCCGCCGAUUUGGGUGGAUGUGGUGAAGAAGGCCAAGGAGGAGGUUGCGCAGCGGGGGUAG